AAUCUACCAAAUAAAAGAAUUCUUCAGUCUUGGCUGAGGGAUACGCCACCAAGGCCUUUCACAGUAAAAUUUACAAAUGAGAAAUGCAUAAAAACGUGGAAAGUAUUUUUUAUAUGGACUACUUUUCAUGGAAUGUUCAAUGUAAAGUGAUUUCUGCUGGAUUUUUUUUCUACUUUGGAGUGUUUUUGAUUUCCCACUUGACUUCUGCUUGUUUAUCAUUAACAUAUCAACAUCUUUUGGCAAAAGAGAAAGUCUUUUGGGACCUGGCAGCCACACGGGCAGUAUUUGGGAUCCAAAGUACAAUAGCAGGCCUCUCAGCUUUACUAAUAGACCCAGUGAUCAAUGCAAACAACAUCGCUGCACAGGAAGACUGGUCUUGGUUUAACAUUCUCACGGCCACAGGCUUCUUCAUCUUUGAAAAUGUUGCACUUUAUGGAUUCAGUAUUGCUUUCCGAACUUUUGAUCUUCCUUUAACAGUCCAUCAUUUCUUUGCUGUUGCUGGUUAUACAAGUUUAGUAUUCUGGGACAAGAGUGGUCACUAUUUGCCUAUGGUCACUUUACUGCUUGAAAUGAGCACUCCAUUUACGUGCAUUUCAUGGAUGCUAUUAAAGGCUAACUACGCACAUUCUGUCUUAUGGAAGUUCAACCAGUGGGUGAUGAUUCAUUUGUUUCACUGUCGUAUUGUUCUCACAUACCACUUGUGGUGGGUGAGUUGGAGUCGGUGGGAUCAAAUCGAAGAAAACUACCCAGUUCCUGUGCGUGUCAACUUUUUCACUGGUCUGACCCUUCUUACCUUUAUCAUAAAUCCAAUAUGGACUCAUAAGAAAACAUUACAGCUUCUGAAACCUGUUGAUUGGAACUUUAAUACAAAUCCAUCAGAUGUUAAUGGAAAGCCAUCUGAAAAGAAAAGCUAAUUAGCAGUGAAUUAGUUGAACUGUUUUAGUAACUGUUGUGCAUGCAGGAUAUAGAUGUGGAUCCUUUAUUUGAAUCGUGAACAAGCAGCUUGGGUAUUAACAAUUUUGAAAAGUAUGUUUCAAUUAAUUGUGACAUUGAGAUUUUUUUUUUUAUUUUUUUUU